AUGAUUCUUCUUUGUCCAAGUGGGAAGAUUUUACCAGGGCCUUUUGUAGAAUUUGGCUCUCAUGGGUUUGAGGAUUUUGUAAAGUCACUAUUUAAGCUUCGUCAAACCAGUUCUUUAAAGGAUUAUAUCUCUGAAUUCCGACGUUUGACAACUCGAAUCCGAGAUCUUAGUGCAAAUUUUCGAUUCAGCUAUUUCAUUGGUGGAUUAAGGGAAGAACUCAAGCAUGAUAUCAAGUUGCUUCGUCCUGCAACAGUUCAUGAGGCCAUGAAUUUUGCUCAUGAAGUGGAUGCUAAACCCCAAAAGUUGAGGUCUAUGCAUUCUUCUAGAAAUUUUAAGUCAAGAUUGCCUCUUUUACCUAUACAAAAUGAUUUAGUUCCUAGGAAGGAUAUGCCUAUCAAGAAAUUAACCCCUGAGGAAAUCCAAUAUAAACAGCAGAAUAAUCUUUGCUUUUAUUUUGAUGAAAAAUUUGUGAGGGGUCCUAAGUGUGCUAGGAAACAAAUCUUGUUGCUGGAUAUGGGUUAUAAUAGCUCCAAAGAAGAGGACAUAGUUCAAGAAUUGCAACAAAUUGAACAGACCAUGAAACUCAAUGCUUUAAUAAAGAAUUGUCAUGUGGUAUUGUUAGAUUCUGGAAGCUCUCAUAAUUUCAUCAAUAUGGGCAUGGUUAAGAAGUUGGGUUGGAAGUCAGAUCAGUCUCAUAUUUGUGAUGUUAUGAUAGCUGAUGGUGGACAGGUUCAAAAGGGUGAGAAUAUGGACAAGCUUGCAAGUGAUUUAUCCUCACCACAACAUCAAGAAUUGCAAGCCUUGUUGGAUUCUUUUUCUGUAAUUUUUGGUACACCAACUACUCUACCUCCUAUGAGAGAACAUGAUCAUCGGAUUCCUUUAAUUUCAAGUUGUAAACCACCAAGUAUUCGCCCAUAUGCUUAUGGACCACUUCAAAAGUCUGAAAUUGGAAAGUGUGUCAAAGAGCUGCUGGAUUAUGGAUUUAUCAGGAACAAUCAUAGUCCUUUUUCUUCUCCUGUUUUGUUGGUCAAGAAGAAAGAUAGCACCUGGAGAAUGUGCAUGGAUUACAAACAGUUAAAUGAGUUAACCAUAAAGGAUAAAUAUCCAAUUCCACUAAUUGAUGAUCUGUUAGAUGAAUUGCAUGGGGCAGAGUAUUUUCAUCCAAAAGAUAUUGAAAAAAGGGCAUUCUGA